UUGUCGGUGGGUGAGCAAAACCCCACAGGUCGUCUGCAGCCUACUUUCCGUUUUGCCUGUCGCAGAGGACAAUUAAACUGCAACCAUUAACGGUUGUUGCCACCGUGCUCCGCAUGUGACCGAGCAGACAGGGGAGGGGCGGUGUGUCUCGUGUAUAGUGCCGUGGAACACUGAGUUCUAGUCAACGUAGCUGAGCAGCAGCAGCAGCAACGGCCACACCGAGGAAAAGAAGUGGCCGAGACACAGGAGACUCCUCGAUCCGGCUGUAAGCUCGUACCCCUCAGCUUUGAAGACAGCGUCGUUGGAACAGCGCCAAGCACAAACCUUUGAUAUGCUGAUGUAGUUGUGAGAGCUUGUCGAGCCAAGGACAUUGUCAGUACAGCAGGAAAGGAGAUGAGCACCAAGAGGAAGGCAGAGAGUCACUCAAGGGCAGGAAGCAGACCACACAUCAUGAAGUCUGGCAACUCCCGGGCUGAUUCAGAGAGAGACUCUGGAUUCUCAGAUGCAAGCUCAGAGCAUAUGAGUACUAUGGAUACCACAGACUCUGAGGAUUCACCCCACCCCGUUGGACAGCAGGGACCGCAGACUUCUGGGUCAGGGCCCAAGCCCUCUCAGCUGGCUGUGGUGGGAGGUUCCUACUCCAGCCUAUCUCCCAUGAUCAUCAUGAACAAUGUCCUUCUGAAGCAGCCUGGAGACAAUCCUCCUCCUCUGAAACCCUGGGGGUUUAGUCCCACAGUGGAGGUGGUUCAGCCUGUGGUUCAGCCCGUGGUCCAGCAGCCCCAGGUGGUCUUCCUCCAGCCUGUGGUCUCUCGUCAAGCUUCCCCUGCCUCCAAAGAGGGCACCUCCAGACAUAGACGCCCCAAGAAGUAUCUUCCAAUCCUGAAAUCUUACCCCAAAAUUGCUCCACAUCCUGGAGACAGCUCCAGUUCCUCUGGGAGAGGAACUGCUUCCUUAUCUUCACCCUCCUCCAUGUCUUCCUCCUCCUCUUCUACCUCCUCUUCUUCGGGGUCGAAGAGAGGUAGCAGUCUGACCUCCAACCACCGUGACCACUGUCAGAAAGAGAAACAGCCAAGAAGUCUGUGUGGUAGUGCUAAUAACUCUAGCUCAACCAUUCCCAGUCUUCCUGGUACCCCUGGCACCAUGUCCCCUCUACUCCAGAGCCGACUGUCUUUCCCCACAACAGAAACCAGCGCUAACAGUAGUCCUGCCAGGGAGAGGCCUUCAUCAACUAUCAGCCAGUCAGAGUUUACCUCCUCCCUUUCUUUCACUCACACCACUGGUUCCAAAAACCAGGCACUGCCUGUUCCCCAGAUGGCCACCCUGGAGGAGUUCUCACCAGGAGAACAUGACCACAUCGACAGUGAUGCUGAUUCACGGAGGAAGCGCUUCUGCAACACCUACAACAUCCUGAACAAAUCUGGCCUGCUAGACAUCACGCUUCGCACCAAGGAGCUUCUCAGGCAGAACCGACGCACCCAGAAUGACCUAGACCGGCUAAAAGAGCACACAGACCUCUUCAUUCAGGCUCUGCGGAGCGGUGACCCUAGCAUCUGUGUCAAGCUGCAGGCCAGCAUUCAGGAGGAAGAUGGAGGAAAAGAGAGGGAGAGCUGCUCAAACCAGCUUAAAGGCAGAUUAGACCUAGACUAUUGCUAGAUAAUAAGACUUUAGAUUGGGAUGGGCAAAGGAAAGCCAGGGUUGGGGGUUGGAGUGUACAGGGACAGAUGGGCCAAAAGUAAUGUGCUCCACUAUACAGACCCACCCCCCAGACUCUCACACAGACAGUGUGCUGUGGCCUACAUUUUGGCUGUUGCCCGCCUUAGGGCCCUGACACACCAAGCCAGCCUCAAACAAUUGGUGCACAUAUAGACUUUAUGUGGCUCACGUCCUCUGUAAAAGUUGAACUUGAAAUCAAUGUAAGGUGUUAGUUGGUGGCCAUCAAUAUGCACAUAUAUUCUGCACCUGCAUGAGAGGAAAUAUCUUAGUAAUUCAGAAACUCAUGGAAUGAGAAGCAAAACAAUUUUUUUGCCAGUUUUUUAAAAUUGUCUUAUUACAUAGUCAGAUUAUGAAUUGAUAAUAUCAGUAUGUCUCCUUAAAAAGUUGCCUGUAAACAUUACUUUGCCCUACCUGACGGUGUGAAAGGGACCAAAGGUCCAACAAGGCCAAAACCACAGCACACUGCUCUCUUCAAUUGAAAUGGCCUCUCUGCUGCACAGAAAUCUUUUGCUCAUUGGCAAUCAAGACCCAAAAGCCCAGAGAGAUUUGGAUGUAAGGCAUGAAGGGACGAACUAAUUCAAAACUUUUUUAUAUCGUAUGCACAAUACAGGCUUGAAAGCUUGAUUAAAACCCCUAAGACUGGAUAUUUCAACUUCAACAGCGUGACAAGGUGUUUUCUUAUAAAACUCAAAAAUUGUGAUGACAAUGAAUUAGGUCAACAUUUCUGUUGUUUUAACAGUCUUGUAUCAUUCAUGGUAUUUCUUUAAUCUGCGUUCCACUGGUACUGAUAUACUGCUUAAUGGACACCAAGUUAACAAUCAGUAAGUGUGGAUAGGCUUAAGGAAAUGUUCUUGUGUCACAUUGAAUGUGUUGAGGGCCUCUUGCCAGUCAGCAUCUUCGAAACAAAAAAAAGAUAAACAUAUGCCUCAAGUGUCUCUUCAGUUCCUGCUGGGUUUUAAAACUCGAUGAGAAACAUUUGGCACAGCCCGUUGAUGGUUUCAAGUUUGGCAUUCCCAUCAUGUUGAUGGCAGCUGUAAUACAGGGCAAACUGGCUGAAAGUAAAGCUCUUAGCAGCCGUUUAGAUGCUUCCCUGAUAACAUCCCAGUGUAAAGGGUGCUUCCUGUAGCUUGAUGAAUUCCCUCAUUUGUGUGUGUAUGUGGUGUGUUUUUACACACACACACACACACACACACACACACACACACACACACACACACACACACACAUAUAUAUACAUAUAUAUAUAUAUAUAUAUAUAUAUAUAUAUAUAUAUAUAUAUAUGUGUGUGUGUAUAUGGAUGUAAUUUAAUUCAACAUGUAUGAAAUAUUUGUGUGAACUUUUUUCCGCUAAGACAACCAUCAAGUCAGAUUCCUUGAUGAAGACCAGUUAUUGUGCAUCAACUUUAGUUAUGCUCUCACGUCCAUUUUGUUAUUUUUUAUUCAACAAAAACUCUAACAGUUGCAAUGUCUAAAUUGGGAACAGAUGUGUCAUUUUUUAAUGUUUUAUUAGUACCUUUUUGUACGUUUCUAAAUUAUGGCCUUAAUAUCCAAACCCUGUAUAUGUCACAGAACUUUGCAUUUGCACUAAAAUGAUGUAAGAGUAGCUCUGAAGCAAUUUCUGUGCAGAUUUAAAUGGCAGCUAUGGUAGCUCAUUUGGGGUGGACUGCAAAAGUUUUUUGUUUAAAUUACUUGAAGUGCAUUGUGAGUCAUCAUAAGCACACUACACAUGUAUAUGUACUACUCAUAGUACAGCAAUGCAUUUACAUUGUCAGAUUUUAUUAUUACUAACUGUUUCUCAGUAUUGAACAUGCUUUUGUGUAAUCAUUUUAUUCAACCAAAAUAAUAUGUGAUGGUGAUGUAUUUGCUGUGCUUAUGUUGACUUAGAAUGGCUCACCAGGAACAUCUCCAGCAAGAGAUAUUCCCUAGUCUACUUUUGCCAUCUUAACCCAUGUACAUCUGAACAUAAAUACUUUUUAAAAAAUGCUGUUGUAAGGGUGUAUUCUGUAAAAAUACAUAUGUGUUUGAAGGUCUUUGUCACACAAACAAAAACUCAGAUAUUUUGCCACUUUUGUAAAUUAAUCGUGGGUGUUCUGAUGGUACAAAUCUUUUGCGUUUUAACACUGCAAAUUAAUCAGUAUGUUUCAGUUUUAGAUGCUCCCAAACGAGAUUGGAAGUGUGUUUAGGGUCACUUUCCUGCUGGAAAACUGUGCUGUGUUUAACAUUCAGCCCUGUGUUUGAUAGUUUGAGGUUGCACUGAAGGAGUUUGAGGUCAUCUUAUUUACUCCCAAUUUUCUUUUCUGCAGUGCACCAGUUCCACUGUUAGCAAAACUGCAUUGGUCACUGUUCUGCAGCAAACUUAAGUUGUGUUUCUAAGUUUUUGGUAGAUUUUUUUUUUUUUGCACAGUAGAUCCUCAGUUCAUGGCAUUGUAAACAAUCUGCAUGGUUCCACUUUGUUAUAGAUUACAUAAUGGUGGUUCUGGGAUUGCGUCUGACUGUGCCGACUAAUAUUUGUUAUAUUUUUCCUGACUUUCUAGUCCACUGCUCCAAGUGUUUUGUACUUGAGUUAAAUUAUUUAUACAGUAAUUUGGAUUAUAAGGAUGUUUCGCUGCUUCUGCUUUCCCUAUAUCUGAAAUGACCAUCUUAUAUCUUCAUAUCAUAAUGAAUUUGUUUCAAGCUAAUGAUUGCAGUGGGACUGUGUCCUUUUGCACAGACACGGAUAAGUUUCCAGCAGUAUUCAGUAAUAAAAUCUAUUGUAACACUUUAUUUGGAUAGUCUGUCUAUAGAGAGUUUACAGAGUAAUUGUAACAUUUCAACAUGUUAUUAGCUGACAACUCAGCUGUUGAGCUAACCCUAACCAUUAAAUGGUUAACUAAUUGUUUAUUCAAUAUUUGUACAUUGUUGAAGUAAUACUCUGUAAAGUGAACUCUAUAGGCGGACUAUCAAAAUAAUGUGUUACCAAAACUAACAAGCUGUUGAGGAGAAGCUUAAAAAAAAAAAACGCAUUGAAUGUAUUGUAUAGUUUUAAUCCGGGGGAUGUUCAGAAGACCCACAAUACAUUUAUGAAGGAACCUAAAUAUAUGUUUUAUGUUUGUGUGCCAACGAUGCAUGUUAUUCAAAAUGUCAGAAAAAAGUUUCAGCAAUAAUUUAAAUUCUUCGUAUCUCUUACAAGUAUGUAAACCUUAUGAUCUCAGUGGUUAAUGUUUUUAUUAGCUGUCAACUCAAAGUUUUAAAAACCAUAUGCAUAGCUUAUAGCAAAACAAUUUUUGAUGCAUGGAAAUGGAACAUAAUCUUUUGACUUUUCAUAUGGCUGUACUAUCUUUGCUUUGUCACUGUAAUGGAACAGUAAUUUGUUUAAAUACCAUGUGUCCUUAAUGAAGGCCUUAUUGAGACAUAUGAGCCAGGACAGCUGCAAGACUGCUGGCACUAUUUUGGUCUUUUGCCUUGGCCAAAAACAAAUGCAUUUGAGCUACCCUUUCGUUAUUUCUUGGACCAACAACACACCCCACAUUAACCUAAACUUUCAGAAUUAAUUUAACUCUUGCAGAGCAAUUCCUCCUCAAUCAGAUACACGGAUGCUUAAUUCUUGGAAUUGAUGUUGAUGUUGUGCUUGAGUCUUUAAAUCUUAAAAAUGAUUUGAUGGCCUUCUGCUGAAAUUAUAUCUUGCUGUCCUGACCCUGGAUCACUGCCAGUGGAAUAAAUGAUGGUACUAAAAUAUCAAAAAGGUCAAUUAAGUUUUGGCUGAAAAUAGCACAGUGACACUGGUCAUGUCUGUCUGUUUUAAGAACUUUUCCUGUCUGCUGCCAUCAGCUUUUACUAUAGCACAUGUAUUUAUUAGACAACGGUUAGCAUCAGUUCACUGUUUGGUUUUGUUUACAGAGGUCCGCACUGGUGUGGUUACUCUUUCGUGGAUCCUGUUCAUAUGACUGACUAUUUAUUGACUGAAGUUCUAUCAAACCAUAAGUCUCUAAUGCCGCAAUUAUAUAUGCUACGUGCUGUGUCAUGGAUUGUUAUCGAUGUUGAUGUGACAUGAUCAUGCUAUAUGACCACAAUUUUCUGUUUCAGAAUUCAGAAGUUCAUAGGAGUAAAGUCUGUUUUGCUUGUACAGUUGGACACGGUUAAUUUUGUAACACUGGAUUUUGAGUUUUUCAUAUAAAUGUUGGCAGCUUUGUUCCCUCAGUGCAUUUCAGUCUGCCUUCUUUCAUUUUACAGAUGCUGAAAAUGUUUGUGAAAAGGAUUGUGAUUAUUUUAUUUAAGAUGUUUCAGUAGUGCACCAGCAGCAGUGAUGGAAAAUAUAAGCCUGAAUAAUAUAUAUUUUUUUUUAUGUGAAAAACAUGAUGGAUUCCAUUAUGCCGACUAAAUGUAGUUGCUGGAAAUCUUGUUUCUGUUCAAAAACUGUAAAUGCAGGAGGUUUAUAUAAUCCUCAUGGGACUUGCCACUAUGGAGGAUUCACCAAAACAUCAGUUUCAACACCUGAGAAGACUUUUUCCAGAUAAUGACUCUUCAGCUAUACCAAUCAAAGAUGAAUAAACUAAGAUUGAGAAAGGGGUUUGAAUUAAUGUGCUGUAGGGCUCAUUUUGUACAUUUUAAGUUAGAGACGCAUUGCUUGUGUAAUAAACAUCAUUCCAAAGAAAA